GUGCGCGAUGCAUCACGGUCCACGAAGGUGGAGGGAAAGAAAGCGGCUUCUACUUUAUAACUCAUAUCUGAACUUCUAUGUUUCUUACCAGGAAUUGCUCUUCCAACUUAUAUCAUUUGUACUUCAACUGCAGAUGCUUAUUAGUUGAUUGAUUAUUGCGUUGUUUUGGAAUUUCCAAUUUUGUGUUUGGCCGCAGAUAGCUGAAGUUGGCGAGCUCAAAACCUCGAGUGUUCUAUGAACUUGGUUUCUGCAUCAAGAAUGCGAGUAUUUGAAGGGUAGAAAAACUCCCUUGCUUCCUCUACAGAUCACAUCUAUACUUAACAUCCUAUCGAGAGGAGUACGACUCGAUUUCUAAUCUCUAAACGACAUACUGCUCGAACAUGCGCGAGGAAGACGUCGAAGUAGCAAUCAAGGUUGUGGUUGUGGGGAAUGGUGCGGUUGGCAAAAGUAGUAUGAUUCAGAGGUACUGCAAAGGGAUUUUCACCAAGGACUACAAAAAAACAAUCGGCGUGGACUUCUUGGAGAGGCAAAUAAGUGCUAACGGUGAAGACAUACGACUUAUGCUAUGGGAUACCGCCGGCCAGGAGGAAUUCGACGCAAUAACUAAAGCGUAUUAUAGAGGAGCCCAGGCGUGUGCUCUAGUCUUUUCCACAGUAGACAGGGAUUCUUUUGAAGCUGUUGAAAGUUGGAAGACGAAGGUAGAAGAUGAAUGUGGUAGCAUUCCUAUGGUUGUGGUACAGAAUAAAAUUGACUUAAUUGAUGAAGCAGUCGUUAAGCCGGAUGAAGCAGAAUCAUUAGCCAAAAAGCUAAAAUUGAAAUUCUAUAGAACAUCUGUUAAAGAAGAUCUUAAUGUCAAUGAUGUUUUUAUGUAUUUGUCCGAGAGACACCUAGAUCGUAUACACAAUGAAGAGGUAGAAGAACCUGCAAAGAAUGAGAAGCAAAAACAAGUGUCAGGGCUUUUCAGUGCCACAUCUCAACAAUCUGCAAACAACAAUUCAAAUUCUGCACAGCCAAGCAGCGGCACUGGAGAAAUCAUUACUUUAAAACCCAACAAGCAACGAACUCAAGGGAAGAAAAACAAAAUAUGUGGCUUACUUUAGGUGGGAUAAUAAUAAGAAUUGAUAAGUUGAGGUGCUGCCAAUGUUUGUCCUUUAGGAGGCUAGGGAAUAUUAGAUUUCAAUCAUUUGUGGUAGAAGCCAAGAGAAAUAUAAGCUAACCGUGAUGUGUCCAUGUACUAUAUAGGGUAUACAUCCAAAAAGUUUAUCAUGGACUUAUUGUCAGUUAUAAACUCUACAUUGAUUUAGUUUACUAGAUUAAUUUGACAGACAUCAAAGUUAUUUUUCAAACAUAUAAGAUCAUUAACAAUUAAGACAGAAGGAUCAAAAUUAAUGGAAAAGGAAAACAAGUUCUUUUACUUUUUUUUCUUGCAAUAUAAGAUCUUUGGGCGAAAUUAAUGAUAGCCAGACAACUCAUGUAUGCCUUUGAGGAUAUAAUAUUUUGUUUUAGAUUGGACAUUGUUAUUUUCCUACAAAUGUAGGCAAGUAGUAUGCACAUUUUCAUUUACAAUCAAGCAUUUGCACUAAGCAUUAAUUAAUGGUUUCUUAGCUGUUUUAGCACCAGUUAGCAUCAAGAAAAGAAAUAUAUAACUGCUACAUCUGAAAAUUAGUCUGCUCACUAGCAUUGAUGGUGUUUCUUUUUUUUGUUUAAAAUCAUAAAAAGCCUUGUUUAGUCACGCAAGGGCAGGACGUGCGAAUAGAAUGGCAGACCAAGUUUGUAGCACCCUGGGUACCAGAGGUUUUUUAGCAAAUAAACAAGGUCCUGCCCCCAGGGUACACAGUACACAUUGCCUUAUUCUGGAUAUAAAGCAUGCCUGUGAGUAAAAUAUUGUGCACUGGAUGAUGGAUAUUAGAGGUUCAUAAUCUAGUGGGUGCACAAACAAACAUGAAGACAGCCCAUUGUCUACUAGCAGAGCUGCAUCAUGCCAUGUUAGAUUGGGGGGCACAAUACAGAAAGGGGGGGGGGGGGAAGCCCCUCCUUCACUGGUCAUUUUCUUAUAAUUUUUGAAAAUAUUGGGGGAGGGGCACAUGCCCCUGAUGUCUCACCCCCUGCUACAGCCUGACUGAAAACCUUUAACGUCAUGAGAAAUUUGACUAUACUUGCAAUAUGUCAAUAUGUUUGUUGCAGAUUUAGUUUCCAGCUUAGGUACUUUUGAAUAAAAUGUUGAAUAAGGCAUUUCUCAGGUGUAAAAACAUCAAAUUAUCUUUGGGAUGUAAGGUAUUAUAAUCCCAGUAAAUUACUUAGUGUUCUGUAAGUUAUCAAUCAAGAAAAAGAAGAAAUAAAACUCUACAUUUUCCUUA